AAUUUUGCAAUAUGGCUGCGCUCAUGCAUUGAGAAAUGAGAUGAAAAAACUUUAUUGCGAUUUUUUUGAAUAUUUGUCUCUCUAAUGAAUUGAAAGGCUCGUGAAUAUUAUGCAACAAUCUGCCGUCACGAAAAAUAUGUUUAUCACUCACGCCUUACAGAAGAUACUGUCAGAUAAGGAAAUUAAAAAAUCUCAUCAUUCUCAACUCCGUCGAGCAUGUGAAGUAGCCCUCGAGGAAAUCAAAACUGACAGCAGCGACACAAAAUUAGAAAAUGGAAAUUCAACCGCCGUACCAGUACCAAGAGAUUCUUCGACCCUUGACGCUGACAAAUACUUUUUGCCAUUCGAGUUAGCCUGUCAGUCCAAAUGUCCUCGGAUCGUACAUGUAGCAUUAGAUUGCUUACAGAAACUGAUUGCUUAUGGUCAUUUGACCGGAAAUGCUCCGGAUUAUGCUAAUUCUCCUAAUAAAACGCUGAUUGAAAGAAUAGUUGAAACAAUAUGUGGAUGCUUCCAGGGUGCUCACACUGAUGAAGGCGUUCAGCUGCAAAUUAUCAAGGCGUUGUUGACUGUCAUGACAUCACAAGGAUGCGAGAUACAUGAAGGAGCUGUUUUGCAAACUGUUCGAACUGUAUAUAACAUAUAUCUAGCUUCUAAGUCAGUUGUAAAUCAAAAAACUGCUCAAGCCGCGCUUACACAAAUGUUGAACGUGAUUUUCUCUCGAAUGGAAAACCAAGCUAUUGAAGAAAAAAAACAAAGUGACGAAGAGAGUAAGCGAUUACAGAAAAGUGAAGAAGAUCAAAAAGAAAAUAAAGCUGAAGAAAUCAAUGACGAAGAUGUGGAGACAGUCGUAGCAUCUGUUAUGGAUAAUAUAUUGACUAAUUUGACCGGAAAUGAUCAACUAAACGAAGAAAUAAAAGAAGGUAAUGAAGUUAAUAGUAAUGGUGCAAAUAUUGAAGUCAAUGACGAAGAUUCCUUAUCAAUUCCUAACCCUUUGGCCGAUGGGAAAAGUGAUGUGGAAGAGUCAAAUGAAGCUCAGUCAAUUUUUUCUCACAUCUUGCAAAAAGAUGCAUUCUUAGUUUUUAGGAGUUUAUGUAAAUUAUCAAUGAAGCCUUUAUCUGAUGGACCUCCGGAUCCAAAGUCACAUGAACUUCGUUCGAAAAUACUAUCUUUACAGUUGCUUUUGUCCAUUUUACAAAAUGCCGGAACUGUCUUCAAAACAAAUGAUAUGUUUAUCACUGCUAUUAAACAAUAUUUAUGCGUGGCUUUGAGUAGGAAUGGUGUAUCGUCGGUUCACGAAGUAUUUGAACUCUCCCUAGCUAUAUUUGUUACUCUCUUAUCUAACUUCAAGCAGCAUCUCAAAAUGCAGAUUGAGGUAUUCUUCAAAGAAAUUUUCCUUUACAUUUUGGAAACCCCGAGCAGUAGUUUCCAACAUAAAUGGAUGGUUAUUCAUGCUCUAACUGUGAUCUGUGCAGAUGCACAAUGUGUAGUCGAUAUGUAUUUAAAUUAUGACUGUGAUAUGGCGCGAGCAAACAUUUUUGAAAAGCUAGUUAAUGAUCUUUCCAAGAUUUCUCGUGGUCGCCAGGCUAUGGAGCUUGGAGUUUCAAGCAAUCAAGAAAGAAGUAUUUGUAUUAAAGCUUACAAGUGUUUGGUAUCUAUUCUUAAAUGCAUGGUAGAAUGGAGUAAAGAUUUGUACGUAAAUCCUCAUUCUCAAUCUAAUUUGGGAGCUGAAACAAGACAUGAUAGAGAAGUUCCAGACGUGGAUAGUGGAAACGGAACAAUGACUAGCUACGGUAGUGUCAACAGUCUUAAUUCUUCAUCGUCUACGGCUGACAAGAUGUCAUCAAGUGGUCAUAUUCAAGACAAUCCAGAGCAGUUUGAAGUUAUUAAACAACAGAAAGAGAUAAUGGAAACUGGAAUAGAGAUGUUUAAUAAAAAACCUAAAAAAGGCUUAAGCUAUUUACAAGAGCAUGUUAUGAUUGGUCCUACUCCCGAUGAUGUUGCUGAAUUUCUGCACAAAGAAGAGCGCUUAGACAAGAGCGCAAUAGGGGAUUUUAUGGGAGAAAAUGAAGUUUUCAAUAAAGAAGUUAUGUAUGCUUAUAUAGAUCAACUUCAGCUCGAGAAUAUGGAUAUUGUUUCUUCCCUUCGUCGCUUCCUAGAAGGUUUCAGAUUACCUGGUGAAGCUCAAAAAAUUGAUCGUUUAAUGGAAAAGUUUGCGGCUAGAUAUUUAGAGUGCAAUCCUAACAACGGGAUAUUUCUUUCCGCAGACGCUGCUUAUGUCUUAGCUUUUUCCAUUAUUAUGUUAACGACCGACUUACAUAGUAGUCAAAUAAAACGCAAAAUGACGAAAGAAGACUAUAUUCGUAUGAAUCGGGGUAUCAAUGAUAAUAAAGAUUUACCCGAGGAGUAUUUGAGCAAAAUAUAUGAUGAAAUUAGAAGCUCUGAAAUAAAAAUGAAGGCGUCAUCAAAGGCGACAAAUAGACCCAUUGGAAGUUCUCAAAUAGCAAGUGCUAAGCAGCGAAAGAUGGUAUAUAAUAUGGAAAUGGAGCAGAUGGCGAGUACAGCUAAAGCGUUGAUGGAAAGCGUUAGCCAUCUAUCCAGCGAAUUUACGUCUGCCACUCAUUUUGAACAUGUACGACCCAUGUUCAAAAUUGUUUGGACGCCAUUUUUAGCAUCAUUUGGUGUUGGACUGAAUGACUCGGACGACCAUGAAAUAGCAGCUUUGUGUUUAGAAGGAAUAAGAUGUUCAAUUAGAAUAGCUUGUAUUUUUCAUAUGGAAUGGGAACGUGAUGCAUACGUUCAAGCAUUAGCUCGCUUUACUCUGCUUACAGCAACCUCCCCAAUAACGGAAAUGAAAACAAAAAAUAUCGACACGAUCAAAACGUUAAUUUCGGUGGCUCAUACAGACGGAAAUUAUUUGGGUCGAUCGUGGCUAGAAAUCCUGAAGUGUAUAUCUCAACUAGAACUUGCCCAAUUAAUAGGAACUGGAGUGAAAACAAGAUUUAUUGGGAGCUCACAGAAUCCUCACUCAGUCUUUACGACAGUAUUCUCAUCUCCAAAUACAUCUGAAACAGCUGAAGUUGACGCUCUUACACGAGGCCGAUAUGAUCCGAAAGCUCUUGCAUCAAUUCAAGAAACAAUGGGAGAAACUUCAUCUCAAAGCAUCGUUGUUGCAGUAGAUCGUAUCUUCACUGGUUCCGUCAAAUUAGACGGCGACGCUAUUGUUGAAUUCGUAAAAGCCCUUUGUGCUGUAUCCCUGGAAGAACUGUCUUCGAUAUCCCAUCCAAGAAUGUUUAGUCUGACAAAACUAGUCGAGAUCUCAUAUUAUAAUAUGGGCAGAAUCAGAUUGCAGUGGUCUAGAAUGUGGAAAGUUCUUGGUGAUCAUUUCAAUAAGGUCGGUUGCAAUCCUAACGAGGAGAUUUCGUUUUUUGCCAUCGACUCUCUGCGUCAGUUAGCUAUGAAAUUUAUUGAGAAAGGAGAAUUUGCCAAUUUUAGAUUUCAAAAAGAUUUUUUGAGACCAUUUGAAUAUAUUAUGAAAAAGAAUCGGUCGCCUCCAAUACGCGAUAUGGUAGUUCGCUGCGUUGCACAAAUGGUCAACUCACAAGCGUGCAAUGUGAAAUCUGGUUGGAAAAACAUUUUUAGCGUAUUUCACCUUGCUGCUUCUGACCAAGACGAAAGUAUAGUUGAGUUAGCCUUUCAAACUACGUCCAAUAUCAUUUCUUGUAUUUUCGAAAAAUACUUCUCGGCAAUCAUUGAUUCAUUCCAAGAUGCUGUGAAAUGUCUUUCAGAAUUUGCUUGCAAUGCAGCCUUUCCAGACACUAGUAUGGAGGCUAUCCGCUUAAUUCGAAAUUGUGCAAAAUAUGUUGCUGAUAAACCUCAAAUAUUUCGCGAGCACGCCGGUGAUAUAGAGAUAAGCUGUGCGGAAGAGGAUCGAGCCUGGAUGAGAGGAUGGUUUCCGGUAUUUUUUGAAUUGUCCUGCAUAAUUAAUCGCUGUAAAUUGGAUGUUCGUACUAGGGGCUUAACAGUAAUGUUCGAAAUAAUGAAAACCUAUGGAGAUGUCUUUGAGCCACAUUGGUGGAAAGAUCUUUUCAAAAUAGUCUUUAGGAUAUUUGACACAAGUAAGCUGCCGGAAACGCAGACGGAAAAAGCUGAGUGGAUGACAACUACUUGUAAUCAUGCACUUUAUGCAAUAGUGGAUGUGUUUACACAAUAUUAUGAGACACUAAAUUCUAUUCUCCUAUCGGAAUUCUACGCUCGAUUACAAUGGUGCGUUCAACAAGAAAAUGAACAAUUAGCUCGUUCUGGAACAAAUUGCUUAGAAAAUUUUGUAAUUCCCAAUGGACUUAAAUUUUCUGAAGAAGUAUGGAACGAUACAUGUCAGUGCAUGGUUUCAGUGUUUAAGAGUACCCUGCCACAAGGACUUUUAACAUGGAAGCCUGAUCAUGAAUCAGAUAACAGAUCAAUAUCAUCAAAUCAUUCCGAGUCAGAAGGUUACAGGAGACAGCGAGAUGAGAGUAUAAGUAGUGAAGCCAGUUUGGAUUCGUCUCAAAAAUUACCUCGAAAUAAAGCCACAGAAGAUAAAAUGUUCGCGUCACUAUUAAUUCGUUGUGUGGUUCAAUUGGAAUUAAUUCAAACAAUAGAUAAUGUCAUAUUUUUUCCAACAACCAGUCGUAAAGAAGAUGAAUAUAACUUAGCUGCGGCUCAGAAUGAAUCUUGGCAAGCAGAUCGACCCGAGACUGUUACUAACCAGGGAAUGUAUGAAAACCUCUCAGCAGAACAACUUUUCCUAUUAGCUGAUUGUCUCAUUGAGUCGCACUCUUUUGCCAAAACUUUCAAUUCCAACCAUGAACAGCGAAACGUUCUUUGGAAAGCUGGAUUCAAGGGAAAAGCUAAGCCCAAUCUUUUAAAGCAAGAAACUCAAAGUUUAGCAUGCACUUUAAGAAUCUUAUUCAAAAUGCAUGGAGAUGAAGGUAGAAGUCAGGUCUCAUCAGAAGUUAAUAGGCGAUUAAUAAGUAUUGGUGUUGACGCUCUACGUUAUUAUUUAUUAUUGCAAUCGGACAGUCAUCGAGAAGCUUGGACAAGCUUACUACUAUUGUUUUUAACGAAAGUAUUGAACAUGAACGAUGAAUCGUUCAAGAUUCAUUCAAAGGAGUACUACCCUCUGCUCUGCGAUACAUUUCUACAUGACCACAAAUUAGAACUACGUUCCGUUCUACGAAAAUUUUUCCUGAGAACAGCAUCACUAUUUAAUAUCAUUACGCCGUCGACUGAACUGUAAAGCAUUCCGUAAAUUAACAUAAUGAUUUUGCAUGUUUUAUGUUGGUAUACUUAUUUCU